AUGUGUCAUCUGAAAGCGUGGGAGUGUGGAUUUUGGCUCGAGGAGAAAAGCAGUGACCCUGAUUCUGAGUCUUACCGAUCGUUUAUGCCUGGACUGCGGCAAUUAUCGAACGACAUAAAGAUAGGCUUGGCCAAGGUCCUCUUCGGCGGCCAACCCCUCUCGCCGAACCUAGGAGCCUACGAGGGAACACGCCUGCAUGCCCAGCCUGGACAUGUCAUAGGGCUGAGAUCCUCGGAGAGUAAGAUUGUGUCGCCUGCUAACUCACUCUACCCAGGGGAUAGCAUCCUCCCGAUUGUUGUUACCUGGCACCUUACCAACACGUUUGGGCAUCAUUCAACCUUGAGAAUGACCCUAUAUCAGAUUCCCACGGAAUCCUUUGAUGAGGUCAGGACUGUGCUCACGUCCAAGCUCAGUAAAAUUUGUAGAAGAUCACUAGGCUUCGAUGGCACCUUUCAGGUGUGCGGAGGUCGGUAUCAAGGUCUAGCUGUCGAGGCAAACGCCAUCUCCGUCUUGAGCUUGCAGCUCGUCCCCUUGGCCAUACCUUGGCCGAGUCUCCGCGCUGUCAUCUGGGCAUGGUGUCUCACGGUGGAAGGAGCUCUUCGUGCAUGGCGGGUGUCGACGUCGGGUUCGCUGAUCAAGAUCCUACGCGCAACCACCACCGCCAUUCCCAACAGAACGGUGUAUCUGUGCGUUCUGGGUGUUACACGGCAGCCGUCACUUGGAGGAGGUUAUCGCAACUGCGAGCGAGCUUCUGUCAUGGAGAACGAGAGGCCAUACGCAUACACACACACGUCGAUAAAGGAGGGCGGCAACUGGUCAGUCGCCUACUCUCGCCUGUUGCCGGAUGCCUACAACGGUAUCAACUUUCAACUGCCUUUCCCGGAUCCGCCGCCUUUCGAGAAUCCCGUUCAUUCUAGCCAGGUGGGGUUCGUCUGGCUGUUCUGGAAUGUCCCGAAUAUGACGUACAAGUGCAUCCCAAACGCGAUCACCGCCGCAAUUGAGAGGAAGCUCGACUGGCGAGGCGGGACCGCCGGGGUGAGCUCACGGAGACUUCUUGUCGUCGGAGACUUGGUCGCGGACGCAGACGCUUACUUGAUUUGGGACUUUGGUCUCCGUACCCCACGUUCCCAUCCUACGGGGAGGCAGAAACAUGAGCAUGAAGGCAACCUCACCAGGUCAGCCUUCCCGAGAACGAAAACAUCAGGUUGCAAGAUCUGCCAUGGCCGGAGGGAUGAGAAUAAGGAUUUGAUCCUCAAGCUCAAUCUCAGUAAUCGAGCUGACGCCAACAAGAACCCCCUAGUUCCCGUGCCUCGGCCGUGCGGCCGCACGCACCGCCACACCCCCCGGAAGCUUGAUGGAUCGUCUUCGGGUUGCGAUGCGAUGGAGCCUCAGGGGUACGAAUACUGA